CUUCGUGCGCGUGGGGCCUUCACCUGCUUCACCUCCCAACAAACGUUUCCCGCCAAAAUGCCACCCGUCGGUGAACCAAGAAAGCCGGAUAUCUCCGCUGCAGCCAAGGAGCGCAACGAGUACAUUCCCUCCUUCAUCUCGAAGAAACCGUUCUAUGCGAUCGACGAGAACGGCAACGACAACGACAAUGACUAUCUUGUGCACCAGCGUCUACAGAAGCAGGAACAAGAUUCAACAUGGUACGACCGCGGAAAGAAGAUUGGGCCCGCGGCAACCAAGUACCGCAAGGGUGCUUGCGAGAAUUGCGGAGCGAUGACACACAAGAAGAAGGAUUGUCUGAGCAGGCCACGCAAGGCAGGCGCAAAGUUUACCGGCAAGCGCAUCGAAGCGGACGAAGCAAUCCAAGACAUACAACAAAGCUGGGAUGCCAAGCGAGACCGAUGGAAUGGGUACGAUGCAUCCGACUUCAACCAAGUUAUUGAGGAAUACAAUGACAUGGAGAAGUUGCGUCACGAGGCAAAGAAGGCUGCAGACGGCGACAACUCUGCGGACGAGGAAGAUGACGGCGACAAAUACGAUGCUGAGACGGAUAUGGGCCGCAAGCAGGCGACAUCCACAAGGAACCUGCGUCUACGAGAAGAUACCGCAAAAUAUUUGCUUAACCUCGACCUGGACUCGGCCAAAUACGACCCCAAGACACGAUCGAUGGUGGACAGCGGCGCGGUUUCUGAUAAAGCAGCAGAGUUGGUGGCAGAGGAUGGAUUCAUGCGUGCAUCUGGUGAUGCUGCAGAGUUUGAGAGAGCACAACGUUAUGCAUGGGAAACACAGGAGCGCGGAGAUCGAAACAAACUACAUCUUCAGGCAAAUCCUACAUCUGGCGAAGUUAUGCGAAAGAAGCAGCUUCAAGAGGAAGACGAGAAGAAGAAAACGAAGGCCAAGGCUCUCGCUGAGAAGUACGGCACGCAAGAGAAGUUCACCGACGAGGCCAUGCGCAAGCUCGCUGUUACCGAAAACGAACGCUAUGUCGAGUACGAUGAACGAGGUGGCAUCAAGGGUGCGCCUAAGAUCAAAGCCAAGUCGAAGUAUGCAGAGGAUGUUUUCCCGGGGAAUCACACAUCAGUCUGGGGUAGCUGGUGGGCAGACUUCCAAUGGGGGUUCGCGUGCUGUCAUUCCACAGUGAAGAACUCCUAUUGUACUGGCGAGGCCGGCAAACAGGCCUUCGCCAAGGCAGAAGCGAUGCGAACAGGCGCUGAACUUGAGGAGGUCCCCCGAUCAAUCGCAUGGAAGGAAGAAGAGGCACUUGAGGAACACGUGCCUAAUGCCCCCGAAAAGGACCAAAAGGUGAAGCAGGAAUCAUCCAAUCGCAAGCGCACCAUAGUCGAGAUGACAGGCGACGUCAACGAAGAGGAGAUGGAGGAGUACAGGCGGAAGCGCACAAUGGCUGCAGACCCCAUGGCUGCAUACCUGAAGGGAGACAGGACCGAUGCAGUAUGAGCGUGGCAUGACCUUCCUCAUUUCUCCAAUACCGAAGAGCUUCACUUUUUAUCUUAGCAUCGCGUGGCGCUGGCAAGGCGUUUAUACCCAGGGCUGCAUAUCAGCAACGGCCUGCAGAAUGACAUAUAGUUCCUGAUGAUCGAAUGC